AUGCCCAAGAAAUCCAAUCUCCUAUGCUAUGGUGGUCUCCCAUCACUGAUUCCAUCCGCCUCCCCGCCACCCGUCUCUCGUCGACCAUGGUGCAGGCUGUAUGCAACAGCUCACGAUGCCCAUGACAGGAACUUCUCGUGGCCGAGCUCAUCAUCUUUUACCCCCUAUGAUAUCUUCAGACAGGACCGAGGAGCUCCGUAUUCGAAGAGCCGUUUCUACGACCUGGUAAAGGCCUACCACCCCGAUCGACCGUGCAAUGGGCACCCGCUGUGCAGGAAUCUCACGCCCGAGGUGCGCCUCCAGCGGUAUCAUCUAGUGGUCGCGGCGCACGAGAUCCUCUCCGACCCGGCCAAGCGCGCAGCGUACGAUCAGUUCGGCACCGGAUGGAAUCUUCACCCGUCGCGUGGUCCCCACGCACAUCCCUCCUGGGCUGCGACUGGACCGGGCCCUCACGGCUCCAUCUUCAACAAUGCCACAUGGGAAGAUUGGGAGAGGUGGCACAAACGGCAUCAGGGGAAGCAGCAGCAGAUUGUAGACCACCGGACCUUUGUUACCUUUAUCUUCCUUCUUGUGCUUUUCGGAAGCGCCGUCCAGGCCUCGUGGAUUGGGCAGCUGAGCACGGGAUACGAGGACAGACUCCGGGAGGUCAACGAGGAAUCGGUGCGGCUCCUUGCGGGGCGAAGAGAGGCUACCGCGAAGCAGAUGGGGUCUCAGAAGGCUUCUGUCGAGCAUUUCUUGAUCCGCAGAGAUCCGUCCGGCUUUGGCUUGAAAGGGGAGGAGCAGCCCGUGUACCAGGAGGUGCUUCAGUCUCGCAACCAGCAGUCCAGUCCGCUUUUGCAGAUCGAGGGCCCGGCUAAAUCGAGCAGCCCUUCUGUCGAUGCUGCGGUGAGACCUGUCAAUGACUCUUGA